CGCUUCGUAUGCCCCGUGCGAUGGGGUCACCUGACCCCUGCCGCAACCAGAGGGGGCGCCACUACGCUCGCCACGACGAGUCGGUAACCGGCACGAACCGGUACGAAGAGGUGACCGGUACGAACCGGUGAUCGAACGGGCGGGAGCAUCGGUGACUCCGGCGCGGGCGGUGCUGUGGAGCCACGCGGAGACGGAUGAUGAGGAGGGGUGGGGGGCGAUGCGAAUGAGACGCCCACCAAGGAAGAGUGGUACCUGUUUGGCGAUCGAAUCGCCGCGGGUGGCUCAUUGUUAUCUACAGAAGUGUUUCUGCUUGCGUUAUCAAAGAGGUGCACGCGCAUAUGUGUGUGGGUUCACAGACACGGGUGUGUGUGUGUGCGGGGAGCGGUGGCGCAGUGGUUAGCGCACUGCGCUCCAAAAACCUGGCGACUCAAAUUCAGUGACGAAUAUCUGAACUCGUCCUGGGCCUCCCCGAGGUCAACUCGGCCUCAAAUGAGUACCUGGUGGGGUUUGUGAACAUCGCCACUGGGGAGACAAAGGUGGCCGGGCACGGUGCUGACCACCCACCACCUCGUGUGCCGUGCCGGCCUUCAUAGGUGCUACUCGCUAACAGGACUUGCCCCCACAAGUCUAUCGAGGGUAUAUGACGGAUCUUUGUCUCUGUGCGGGUGUGUGCGUUCACAGGAAGGUGUGCGUUCACUGCCGGUGUGCGCGCGAGGAGCACGCCGUCGCCAUGGUGACAGUUGCCGGGGAGACGGAGAGAGGGGGGGGCGGCUCUGACGAUGACUCGGGGUGUGCACUUGAGGAGCUGGUGUGGGCGCCGCCCGGCCUCACCCCCGAGCAGGUGCAGCGCUAUUUUCGCGCACUCCCCGAGGACCGCGUGCCGCUGGUGAGCAGCGUCGGCGAGCGUCACCGCGUGCGCCAGCUGCUGCGCCAGCUCCCGCCACACGACCACGAGCCGCGCUACUGCUCGUCGCUGGACGCCGCCGGCGAGCGAGCGCUGCGCUCCUUCACCGCAGCGCGGCAAAGGGAGGCGCUGGGGCGCGGCGCGGUGCGAGUGGUCCCACCCACCGGAGCCGGCUCCGUGUGCCGCCAGUGCGGAGGCACGGUGGGGCCCGGCUCCCUGGCCGUGUGUGCGGCGCGCGCCGGCCCCGCGGCCAGCUGGCACCCCGGCUGCUUCGCCUGCGCCGCCUGCCGCGAGCUGCUCGUGGACCUCGUCUACUUCUACGCCGACGGCGCCGUCUACUGCGGCCGGCACCACGCCGAGCGCAGCAAGCCACGCUGCGCCGCCUGCGACGAGCUGAUCUUCCAGGAGGAGUGCGUGCAGGCCGAGGGCCGCUGCUGGCACCGCGACCACUUCUGCUGCUUCGAGUGCGAGGCGGCGCUGGCCGGCGCGCGCUACCUGAUGCGCGACGGCCGCCCCCACUGCGUCGCGUGCCACCAGGCGCUCUACUCGGUCUACUGCGACGCGUGCGGCUCCCAGAUCGGAGCCGACGAGGGCCAGAUGACGCACGACGGGCAGCACUGGCACGCGCGCGCCGAGUGCUUCAGCUGCGCACGCUGCCACGCGCCGCUGCUGGGCGCCCCCUUCCUGCCACGCCAGGGCGCCAUCUUCUGCUCCAAGGCCUGCAGCCGGGCGGCCAAUGCGGCCCCGGGGGCCCCGCCGGCGCCGGCGCCCGGCGACACCGAGUCGGACUCCUCGGCCGCCGCCGUGGUGCCGCCCCUCCCGCUCCAGGGCCUGCGGGGCUCGGCCCGGCGGGGUAGGAGGGCGAGGGGCGGCGCCCAGGCCGGCCGGUCCGCGCCGCCGCCCGUGUCGGAUCUCGGCCCGGGGCCGCCGGGCGGCGCCCCGCGCCAUCGGGGCGCCUGCCUGGGCGCGCGCACCCCCUCCCCGGAGAGGCGCCGCCGGGCCGCGGGGCCGCCGAAAAGGCCGCCCCCCACGGGCGGCGCGGCGCACGCGGACUGGAGCCGGCCCUCGCUGGAGCUCUCCGACAGCGACACGUCGGGCCCGUCGCAGCCCGGGAUGUUCGCCGCGCCCCCCGGCGGCGCCGCCAGUGUCGGCGCCGCCGGCGGGCAGAUCACGGUGACGAGCUCGCCAGUGCCCGCCACGGCCGGCGGGACCGCUUCGCCCGGUCGUGACGACGACGACGGUCGCGGUGAGGGCCCGGCGGAGUCCGCUUGGAGCGAGGAAAUGGAGGCGCCGGCGGAAACGGGCGAGGAUGGGCGGGACCGCGGUCGGCAGCGCAGUCGGGAGGUGAAGUUGGCGGGCGACGAACCGGAGAGGGAGGAGCGGCGGGGGAGCGGCGCCGCCCUCCGUCGCGCGCACAGCUGCGACUCCCGCCAGCACCGGUGGAACGGGCGAGCGGAGCCACGUGGAGCCGAGCCUCUUGUCCGGCCUCCCCGGCAGGGCCCGGCCAAUGCCGAACCGCUGCGGCGCUCGUGCUCCCUGCCGCGCGGAGUCGUGCCGGCACCGGCUCCGGCGCCGAGCGUGGAUCGCGGCGGAGCCGAGCCCGCCCGGGGGUCGGAGCCUCCGUCGGGCGGAGCCGCGCGAGCCGACGACGCCGCGGACGGCGGCGGCGGUUGUUGUCACUCCGGCGGCACCGGCGGCGACAACAGCGACGACCGCCACCGCCGCCGUCACGGCCGACACCAUCGCUACAGCCGCCAGCGCAGACACCGUCACGACCACCGCCGGCGCCUCGGCUGCGAGCGAGGAGAGACGGGCUGUGACCACGCCUCCUCUGACACGGACUCAUCCACCUCCACCACCUCCUCCUCGUCCGACGAGGAGGAGGAGGGCUACUUCCUCGGGGAGCCGAUUCCCGGAACGCGCGUCCCGCGCUUGCGCUACGUCACGCACGACGAGGUGGUGGGCGGCGCGGCGCAGGCCGCCGCCGCCGCCCCUGCGCCGUCGUCGUCACCGCUCGCCGCUCCGACUCCUAGCCGCAGGGGCAAGAACCGCCGACGCGGAGAUGGAACGAGCAGCAAGGGCUGCGUGAUGGCCUGAGCGGAUAUUCCCUGAUGUAUGUCCCACGUUCCAAAACCCAGCUCCCACGUUCCAAAACCCAGCUCCCACGUUCCCAAAACCAGCUCCCACAUUCCCAAAUCUGCUGUCACAUUCCCAAUCCCAGCUCCAUGUCGCUCAAUCCUGACUUUGCUGCAGCCGGGUGCCUUUUGCCUCCACUGCGGACGUUUUCCUUAUGCAAGACUAGAACGUGGCUUUAGCGACGUAGUUUUAUACAUAUAUCCAUAUAUAUUUACAAUGCAAAAGCAUUUGUUGUUGUGGACAAAAAAAGUAUUUAUUUUUGACACGAUGCCUGAAAUUGAACGACCGCAUUUCUCUCGUUGGCCUUUUUUUUGUAUGCGUCGCGUUUAUAUACUGUGGCCUUUGUGUUGUUUUUUUAUACACUCGUAGAUCGUGCGGUAUUUUGUUAUUAACCGCGGGUCACUCUUUUUAGUCGCGUAGUGAAAUAUAUAUAUAAUUUUGGCAGCAAGUGGCGGGCGUAGCGGCUCCGCGCGUCGAACCUCGUGCGCACUCACGCACUCGCACGCACGCAUGCUCACGCACACGCUCAUGCACACGCUCACGCACACGCUCAUGCACAGGCUCACGCUAACGCACGCACUCACACGCUCACGCACACGCUCACGCACACGCUCAUGCACGCGCUCAUGCUCACGCUCAUGCACGCGCUCACGCUCAUGCACACGCUCAUGCUCACGCUCAUGCACACGCUCAUGCUCAUGCACACGCUCAUGCACUCGCUCAUGCACUCACAUGCUCAUGCACGCGCUCACGCUCAUGGACGCGCUCACGCUCGAGCGCGGUGUGCCCCCCCGGCGCGUGUCGAGGCGUGCGUGCGUUUGGCGUGGUGGCAGCGGCUACAUCGCGCGUACGCCGGGCACGCGACUGCACCGUGGACGACGUCGCGCUUGGGCGGGCAGGUGCGCUGCAUGUGUCCAUCGAGUAUCCAGGGGUACAGGAGGAUUUGUGAAAAGGUCUGAUGUGCGAACGUCUGCGGGAAGUGCCGGCCUCGUCACGCACGCAUGCUGCGCUGUGCGUGGGCGGCUCGAUUGCCCGAGUCCGGACGUGCGAUGGACGGAUAUGAGACGUUGUGCCGUGUUUGCGUUUCGCGCCGAAUUGCUGUUACGUGCAAAUCUCAGAUUAAACGCCGCUCUCUCACAGCCGCAAGCGAGUGCGGAGGCGCCGGUCUGCCGAGACGAGAGGGACGAGCGAUAGCUUCGCGAAUCGGAUUCCUGGCCGUGCCCCGUCUACCUUAAAUCAGUAGCCGCACCAGCGCCUCGUAACCCGCGCAGGCCUUGGUACGCGCUCGCUAACAGCACUGGCGCCAGCAGUCUAUGAAGGCCACGCGGGGCAGUGGUGCCGAUUCAACACCCGAGUCGCUGAUCGCGCGGCGCGUUGAGCGAUCGUCAGGCGAGUGCAGCACGCGGCGGGACUGUUCGUCUUUAAACGGGAGCCGGGUGGUGGCCAUGGAAACGCGUACCGAGCGGUGGGUUGUGACCCCAGGGGCUUCACUUCUCUCUCGGUAUUCGCCAGAACACCCGCGGGGGCUGGCAUGGGGUCAGGAUAAUAAUCGGCGAAGGUCACUCGUUGGGCGCUACACCGAUCUACAAUACUCCGAUCGGAUUGUACCCUCUGCAUUUUUUUCUCUAAUCCUAUGGCCAGGCUUUAUGAGACUGCAGAGCAUGCGGAACUGCGACGCGCGUGAGGAGGAGCGGAGUACGGGGUGGUGGGGGCACAACCUAGGGUGUCCACUACCACGUGGGGUGUCCACUGUCACGUGGGACAGACCCUCGGUGUCCACUACCACGUGGGGUGUCCACUACCACGUGGGGUGUCCACUACCACGUGGGACAGACCCUGGGUGUCCACUACCACGUGGGACAGACCCUGGGUGUCCACUACCACGUGGGACAGACCCUGGGUGUCCACUGUCACGUGGGGUGUCCACUGCCACGUGCUGCCUGCGCGUACGACGCGCGCUGUCCGGCUUUGUGAAUAAAUGGAGACUGUGCAGCGGA